AUGGCGAGCGUUGACGAUGUCAACUUUGAACUCCCCAAACUGCGCACCUCCUUCUCGCUUGAGGCACAUGUAGAAUUCUUCGACGUCAAAUUCUGCCCUUACCAACCUCUGGAUCAUGAGCCAGUCUUCGCUGCCAUCAGUAAGAAACAUGUGAUUAUCUGCCGUCUCACAAAAGACGCAGACGAUGCCAACCCAUGCCAUGUUAUCAACGUCAUCAGAGACGACGAUGAUGAGGCUGCCAGCUGCUGCUGUACGUGGACGAUGGAUGCCGUUAGUGGAAGGCCCUACAUCUGCAUCGGCGGCGUUGAUGCCAAGGUCAAGAUAUACGACGUGAUCAGUGGUGAAUUGGUCGAGUGCCUUGUCGGCCAUGGAGGGGACGUCAACGAUCUAGCCACAUCCCCUAUCAACCCACACAUCAUCGCUUCAGCUUCCGACGACACAAGUGUGCGGAUAUGGAGCGUGGAAGAAAAACACAGGCGCCAGCCUUGUUUAUGUAUUCUCGCCGGAGAGGGCCAUUCGUGGAAUCUGCUCAGUGUCGCUUUCCAUGAAACUGGCCGCUAUCUUCUCUCCGGUGGUCACGAUCAGAUCAUCAACUUGUGGACCAUUCCCGACCUCCCCACUGAACCCAUUGAUACACCGCUGCAGGUCCAUUACCCCCAUUUCUCGACUUCUGCAGUGCACAGCGGCAUUGUUGAUUGCGUCUCAUUCUUCGGAGAUCUCAUUUUAUCCAGAGCAUGCCAUGAUAACGUCAUUGUUUUGUGGAAGAUUGAAGGAUUCUCCUCGGACGGGCCUCUACCGGCCCAAAGCACUGCUCCUACGCCACAGAAUGCCCUCCCAACAAACUAUGAAGACCCUGGGCGGCUUACACGGUCUGCCUUUGUCCCAUUGACCUCCCCUCAGUGCCCAGUCCAAUAUACACGGCUGCUGGCCUUCUACACUCCGAGCUGUGGUCCUCAGUUUUUCAUGCGCUUCAGGCUACAUCAUGUGCCCAAUCAGAAUCCGGUGCUCGCGUUUUGCAACGCUGCAGGUAACAUCUUCUUCUGGGAUCUGAAGAGACUGACUGCGCACCGCGAUAUCAUGUUGACCAUGUCGAACCCCGCGGACAAAGACAAGCCCGUACAACUACCCAGCUGGCAGAAGACCGUCAUCCCGCGUUCAAGGCCAGAUUCAACAAACAAGCCCCGAGCAGCAGCCAGUCAAAACCAAGAUUCGUCGGCCCCGGGGAAUGUGAAACAUGCCGACUCCCGAGAGUUCAGCCCAGAGACGUUGGAGUCCUGGGCAGCCAAGUACAGCAUGGCCGACACCCACGAGCCGCUAAAAUGCCAUAAGAUGGAGUCAUCGUCGGCCAAUUUCGUGGGCCGGCAAGCGUCUUGGAGUCCCGGAGGGGAUUGGUGCGUUGUGGUUGGCAGCUCAAACACGGCCCUGUUGCUGCAGCGAUGGGCCCAAAAAAUGAAGGAGUGA